CGCCCGCCCGCCACCCGCCACCCGCCAGCCCAGGUGCCCGCCCGCCCGUCAGCGCGUCCGUCCGCGCGCGCGUCCCUCUGUCCGGGAGUCCGCAGAUCGCGCCCCAGAGCGCGCACCGCCGAGAGCUGGGAGGCCAGGGCGCAGCGCGGAGCUCCGGCUCCUGAGAUCGCCGGACGGGGCCCGGGCCGCGGUGGCCAGGGGUCGGGGCCACCACCGCCCGGCCUAGGCUCCGUAUCUGCAGCGGCAGAGGCCGCGCGCCCUUCGCGGGGCUGUCUCCAGGGUCCUCCCGGGCGGGGGCUGCAGCCGGCGGGCCGCGGGCGUGGAAGAGAAGGACGCGCGGCCCCCAGCGCCUCUCGGGUGGCCGCCUCGGAGCAUGACCCCCGCGGGCGGGCGCCGCGCGCUCUGAUCCGCGGGGACCCCGCGCUCCCACAGCCAUGCGCGCCGGGGGCCGGUGGGGGGCGGCGGCCGCGCCGCUGCUGGUGGCCGUGGCCGCGCUGCUGGUGGGCGCCGCGGGCCACCUGUACCCCGGAGAGGUGUGUCCCGGCAUGGAUAUCCGGAACAACCUCACCAGGCUGCACGAGCUGGAGAACUGCUCCGUCAUCGAAGGACAUUUGCAGAUACUCUUGAUGUUCAAGACGAGGCCCGAAGAUUUCCGAGACCUCAGUUUCCCCAAACUCAUCAUGAUCACUGAUUACUUGCUGCUCUUCCGGGUCUACGGGCUGGAGAGCCUGAAGGACCUAUUCCCCAACCUCACGGUUAUCCGGGGCUCACGCCUCUUCUUCAACUACGCGCUGGUCAUCUUCGAGAUGGUUCACCUGAAAGAGCUCGGUCUGUACAACCUGAUGAACAUAACCCGGGGUUCCGUCCGCAUCGAGAAAAACAACGAGCUCUGCUACUUGGCCACGAUCGACUGGUCCCGUAUCCUGGAUUCGGUGGAGGAUAAUUACAUCGUGUUGAACAAAGAUGACAACGAGGAGUGUGGGGACAUCUGUCCGGGGACUGCCAAGGGCAAGACCAACUGCCCCGCCACCGUCAUCAAUGGGCAGUUUGUGGAACGGUGUUGGACCCACAGUCAUUGCCAGAAAGUUUGCCCAACCAUCUGUAAGUCACACGGCUGCACCGCCGAAGGCCUUUGCUGUCACAGCGAGUGCCUGGGCAACUGUUCCGAGCCCGACGACCCCACCAAGUGUGUGGCCUGCCGCAACUUCUACCUGGAUGGCAGGUGCGUGGAGACCUGCCCGCCCCCGUACUACCACUUCCAGGACUGGCGCUGUGUGAACUUCAGCUUCUGCCAGGACCUGCACAACAAAUGCAAGAACUCGCGGAGGCAGGGCUGCCACCAGUAUGUCAUUCACAACAACAAGUGCAUUCCGGAGUGUCCCUCUGGCUACACGAUGAAUUCCAGCAACUUGGUGUGCACACCAUGCCUGGGCCCCUGUCCCAAGGUCUGCCACAUUCUCGAAGGCGAGAAGACCAUCGACUCGGUGACAUCUGCCCAGGAGCUCCGAGGAUGCACCGUCGUCAACGGGAGUCUUAUCAUCAACAUCCGAGGGGGCAACAACCUAGCAGCUGAACUGGAAGCCAACCUCGGCCUCAUUGAGGAAAUUUCAGGGUAUCUAAAAAUCCGUCGAUCCUACGCGCUGGUGUCACUUUCCUUCUUCCGGAAGUUACGUCUGAUUCGAGGAGAGACCUUGGAAAUGGGGAGCUACUCCUUCUACGCUUUGGACAACCAGAACUUAAGGCAGCUCUGGGACUGGAGCAAACACAACCUCACCAUCACUCAGGGCAAACUCUUCUUCCACUAUAAUCCCAAACUCUGUUUGUCAGAAAUUCACAAGAUGGAAGAAGUCUCAGGAACCAAGGGGCGCCAGGAGAGGAAUGACAUCGCCCUGAAGACCAACGGGGACCAGGCGUCCUGUGAAAAUGAAUUACUUAAAUUUUCUUACAUUCGGACAUCUUUUGACAAGAUCUUGCUGAAAUGGGAGCCGUACUGGCCCCCCGACUUCCGAGACCUCUUGGGCUUCAUGCUGUUCUACAAAGAGGCCCCUUAUCAGAAUGUGACAGAGUUCGACGGGCAGGAUGCGUGUGGCUCCAACAGCUGGACGGUGGUGGACGUUGAUCCGCCCCUGAGGUCCAAUGACCCUAAGUUGCAGAACCACCCUGGGUGGCUGAUGCGUGGUCUCAAGCCCUGGACUCAGUAUGCCAUCUUUGUCAAGACCUUGGUCACCUUCUCGGAUGAACGCCGGACCUACGGGGCCAAGAGUGACAUCAUUUAUGUCCAGACAAAUGCCACCAACCCAUCCGUCCCCCUGGACCCGAUCUCGGUUUCUAAUUCCUCGUCCCAGAUUCUUCUGAAGUGGAAGCCCCCCUCCGACCCCAACGGCAACAUCACGCACUACCUGGUUUUCUGGGAGAGGCAGGCAGAAGACAGUGAGCUGUUCGAGUUGGAUUAUUGCCUCAAAGGGCUGAAGCUGCCCUCGCGGACGUGGUCUCCCCCGUUCGAGUCCGACGACUCCCAGAAACACAACCAGAGUGGGUACGAGGACUCGGCCGGCGAGUGCUGCGCCUGCCCGAAGACGGACUCGCAGAUCCUGAAGGAGCUGGAGGAGUCCUCGUUCAGGAAGACGUUCGAGGACUACCUGCACAACGUGGUUUUCGUGCCCAGAAAAACCUCUCCAGGCACUGGUGCUGAGGAUGCUAGGCCAUCUCGGAAACGCAGGUCACUUGGCGACGUCGGGAACGUGACGGUGGCCGCCGUGCCCACCGUCCCCAGUUUCCCCAACAUCUCCUCAACCACCGCGCCCACGAGCCCAGAGGAGCACCGGCCCUUCGAGAAAGUGGUGAACAAGGAGUCACUGGUCAUCUCCGGCCUGCGGCACUUCACGGGCUAUCGCAUCGAGCUGCAAGCUUGCAACCAAGAUGCCCCCGAGGAACGGUGUAGCGUGGCAGCCUAUGUCAGCGCCAGGACCAUGCCUGAAGCCAAGGCUGAUGACAUCGUAGGCCCUGUGACCCAUGAAAUCUUCGAGAACAACGUCGUUCACUUGAUGUGGCAGGAGCCGAAGGAACCCAACGGUCUCAUCGUGCUGUACGAAGUGAGUUAUCGGCGAUACGGCGAUGAGCUGGGACCGCUGUACGCGUCUUCAAACCCUGAGUACCUCAGUGCCAGCGAUGUGUUUCCGUGUUCUGUGUACGUGCCGGACGAGUGGGAGGUGCCUCGGGAGAAGAUCACCCUCCUCCGAGAGCUGGGGCAGGGCUCCUUCGGCAUGGUGUACGAGGGCAACGCCAGGGACAUCGUCAAGGGCGAGGCGGAGACCCGCGUGGCGGUGAAGACCGUCAACGAGUCGUCCAGCCUCCGGGAGCGGAUCGAGUUCCUCAACGAGGCUUCGGUUAUGAAGGGUUUCACGUGCCACCACGUGGUCCGCCUCCUGGGGGUGGUGUCCAAGGGCCAGCCAACGCUGGUGGUGAUGGAGCUGAUGGCUCAUGGAGACCUGAAGAGCUACCUCCGCUCUCUGCGGCCGGAGGCUGAGAAUAACCCGGGUCGCCCUCCGCCUACCCUGCAAGAGAUGAUUCAGAUGGCUGCGGAGAUCGCUGACGGGAUGGCGUACCUCAACGCCAAGAAGUUUGUGCACCGGGACCUCGCAGCUAGAAACUGCAUGGUCGCUCACGAUUUCACCGUCAAAAUCGGAGGUUUGUCUGGCUUUCUGCUUUGAAACGUAUGACCGAGUUCCAAUUUGAUUUCGGAAA